AUGAUUGGGCAAGACUACUAUUGGAAAUUCAAUACAUCGGAGAGCGAAUUAGUAGCGGUGAAAACCCUUUUCGGUUGGACCGUGCAAGCUCGAUAUAAAAGCAACAAUGGCGCGGCAUGUGUAUUCCAAGUACGCGAAGAGAACGCGGAAGAUUUUGAUGUUUCACAAUUUUGGAAUUUAGAGUCAAUUGGCAUAGCUAACAUAAAAGGGGGCGGUGAAAAAUUAGCGAUCGAAAACACAGUGACUAAUAUUACCACUGGGAGAUAUGUAGUGCAUUUGCCGUGGAUAAUAGAUUGUGCGACUCAAAAUGACAAUAAACAAGUAGCGCUCAGUCGGCUUCAUGGAUUAACUCAUAAAUUGCGUAAACAUUACGAAAAACUCUCGGAAUAUGAUAACGCAAUUCGCGAUUUAAUACAUAGUAGCAUCGCUGAGAAAGCGCCUGAAACUGCCAUUGAGGACCCAGUGUAUUACAUGCCGCAUAGACCAGUUUAUCGCGAAGACAAGGCUACUACCAAAAUGCGCAUUGUGGUCGAUGCGUCCUCCAGCGAACCGGGAUUUUUAUCUCUUAAUAACACUUAA